CAACUCUGAGCUCAAUUUGAUUCAGCCCUCACUCGAACGUGUUUUACGCGUGAUCAAGCCCACACUUUGCAAGUGGCGACUCGCACGGGGAUAAAGAUGUCUGAAGUCAAGCCUUUCGCAGGAUCAAACGAGCUAGAAACACGCCCCUCUGUUAAGACAAAUGGACCAGAGCCAAAUCUUCCCAGCCGGACAGCCGUUUCAGAAGCAACGCUUCCCAUCGCGACGAAUGAAGUGGAAGGUUCUGACGCCGCAGGCGAGCAAAACACACAGGCCCCUGGCGAAACAAGCGAUUCAGAAUCUAAGCCUUACCUCGAGGAAGAGGAGCCGAGAGCCAAGCCAAAGCGGAGACAAAGAGAAUACCGUAAAAGAAAAAAACACGAGAACAGGGCCAAAAAGAACAAGACGGGACGGGAAAAUCGAUUGAACCAAGUGAUAUCGAGCCAAUCGCUAUGUCCGUUGGUAGGCCAUGCCGAAAAAAAACUCCAGAAGUUCGACUUAUUCCCUCAAAUCUCGGACGAGAUUGCGAUAGAGAACGAACGCCGAUUAAAGCAGUGCGGAGAAAACUCGAGUGAUAAUCCCAAUCAGGUAUUCCAAAAACCAACCGAUCCGGUUUUGAUUCCGCGAGCUCCCACUGAAACGGAAAAUAACUGGGCUUUAAAACACGUCCAAGAGAACUUCCUCAACCUUGACCAUGGUCGUGUAAUGAUGUAUGAUCUCAAUAACGAUAAGCAAAUCAUCGGUGUGGUCGAAUAUCUCAAAAUCCCCGAGAUGACUCCAAACCAAAGGAAAGACUUGGACUUUCUGUGCGCCUUCUUUCACGGAUGUCGGCAAUUCGUAUUACCGGCUGCGUUGGAAGGCCGAGUUUGUGCGGAUAUCACGUCGGCCAUUGGUUGGUCCAAGGAAACGACACAUCUAGAGAUUCUUUGCCGAUACCAAAACAAGGAAGCCAUUGAGCAAAACCAACCAGUCUACUCGAAGCUCAUGGAAGGUUCUGCACGAGCGGCUGCGAUUCUCUGGGGUCUCUUCUAUAAUCUGGGUGAUACAGCUGCUCAGAAUACUCGAAAUCACUUCAAGAACCUCCUCGGCUCCUCGCCUGCCAACGACGAACCACACCAAGGAUCAACGUCAAGUCUAGCUUUUCCUUCGAACGGAUUCCACAAUGAGUAUUCCUUCGAAAAAGAGGAUCUUUCGCAACACCCCUUGUCUUUCGCAAUGAUGAUUCCUAUAUUCAAAUCAACCGGCAAGAUCGGACUAGAAUCAGAAGGUUAUCAAGUUGACAAUGGACAGUUUGUCUUUCCCGACAUCAGGAUUGGAAUCAAAUUCCCACCAGAUACUGUCUGUAUGAUGUUAUUACGAGAUCAAGAGUAUGCCCAUGGUAUCUUGAAUCCGACGGUGGCGGGGGAUUCUACUAGAUUGGGUGUUUGCAUAAAACCACCAGCCAAACUUAGCAACACUAGUAUUAAACAAGAAUCGUGAAGGCUCUCAAGACGAAGAAACUGAUAGGUUAGAGAAUCAAAUGAGUGACCUAAUGUCUACAAACGUCUGGCAUAUAUGCUUAUGAAGUAAACAACCUUAUUAUGGACUUCUGUUCUGAUUGUAAUACAACUUAGUC